GCUGCAUCAACACCCACAACAAACAUCAAAAUACCGCCGCCCCCCUCCCACGAACAACAACAAACAACAAAACAACAACCCAGACGAGAUUGUUGUUGCUUGCUCGCUUGCUGUCGUGUUGUUGUAUCAUCGCCCAUCAUCGCCCACCCAGACCAAGCUAGCCAGCGAGCGAGCACAAGCCAGUGAAGACUGCCAGGAUGGGCCGGAAAAAGUCACUGAAGCGCACGGGAAGCACAUCUUCCCUGGCGUCGCUCUCCUCCAUGUCCUCCGUUCAAAUGCACCUGCCGGAGCGCAAGGGCGCCGACUUCCUGAACGAGGACGAGGUGCGCGACCGCGGCUCGUGGACCAUGACCCCGCUCGACAUGCCAGGGUUCCAGGGCCUCAGCCAAAACGUGCAGCCGCGCGACGUGAUUCCAGAGGUGGUCCGCAACAAGCGCUUCAACAGGCACAUGGACGUGCUCCCUGAUCCCCGCACGCGCGUUGUGCUGCCCAUGGUGAACGGCGACGAGGCCACCACAUACGUCAACGCCAACUACGUGCGCGGCGCGGAUGGCAAUCCAAAGUACUACAUCUGCGCCAUGGGUCCUCUGCCAGCGACCCUCAAGAACUGGUGGCGCAUGAUCUGGCAGGAGAAGGUCACCUGCAUUGCCAUGGUCACGGGCCUUGUGGAGAAGGGCGUCAAAAAGUGUGAGCGCUACUGGGCCCCGAAGCCCGGUCAGAAGGUGAAGGUGGCAGACAUGUUUGUGCGCACCGUCGCCGUCAGUGAGGGCAAGGGCUACCUUCGCACCUUGCUUGAGAUCCAACACACCAGCGGCCAGACCAGAAAAGUCAUGCAUCUCUGGUACCACUCCUGGCCUGACCACGGCGUGCCGCGGACAGAGGACGGCAAACCCGAUGCAACAAAUCUCCUCUACCUCAUUCGCGACGCACACAGGUCUGAGCAGCAGCUGUCUGUCGGGGGCCCGCUGUUGACGCACUGCAGCGCCGGUGUUGGACGGUCGGGGACGCUCAUUGCGCUGGACAUGGCGUGCCAGCUGCUGGAGGCAAACAAGGCGUGCGACCUCGUGGAGAUUGUGCGGGCGAUCCGCAAGGACCGCGUGGCGCUGGUGCAGCACCCGCAGCAGUUUGAGCUCGCCCACGCCGGCUGCAGCCUCUAUGCCGAGUUUGUCGAGGCAACCAUGGCGCUCUCAGACAAGGCAAAGAGCGCUGCCGUCAUAUUCGACAGAGAAGCGUUUGAGCGGGCGAUCAAACAGCAGUCUGCAGCGACAGACGAGGACGGCAUCACGGGCGAUCUCUACGAAGAAGUCCCAGAGGCCAAGGAGGCACGUGCAUACGGACAGCUGUCGGCGCCCAUCACGCCAAAGAGUCAACCAACAGCCCAGCAGCAGCAGCAGCAACAGCAAGGGUCGGAGGACGUGUAUGGACAGAUGCUGCCUGCAAAGGGCGGUGCAGCGCAGGACAACAACCCGUACGGCAGCCCCGUGAACGGCGGGCCAAUGAACCCGAACGACGUGUAUGGGGCGCCUGUGCAGCCGACGGCAGCAGCGUCGUCGUCGCAGCCACCAGCCAACCCGUUUGGACACGUCAAGCUGAAGAAGGUGCAGCGCAAGGAGGAGGACGACGACGACGAUGCAGGGGAGCAGCCCGCAAACGAGUACAGCGUGAUGAAGCACGUGCCCAUUGCACAACAGCAGCUGUUGUACGAGGAUGCAGAGGAGGACAACACACCUGCGCCGGCAGAUGCUGGCGACAUGUACGGUGCGCCCGUGGCAACAACAGCGGGGACGGCCGGGCAGGGCAUGUACGACAACGACGCGCUGCCGGGGCAGUCGACAUACGGCAACCAGGCUGUGGUGGACGCGGAGGAGCAGAAGCGGCGGCAGCAGAUGGCCGGGCAGCAGCAGUACUUCAACCAGGAGGUGCUGGGCAACGCAGCAGGCGUGACGGCCGACGCAAACGCAGGCCAGCUCUACGCAAACGACGAGGCAGCGGCUGAGGAGGAAAAGCGCCAGCGCGAGAAGCGGGAGAAGCGCGCGGCGGCGGAGCGCAAGAUCGCUGAAAUGCAGGCGCAGCUCGACAAGACCGUGUCCUCGCUGGAGACAGUCGUGCAGCAGCGCAAGGAGGCCGAGGCACAGCUGGACGGACACGCCGGCGAGGUGAAGAGGUGUGAGGCAAAACUCAAGAACGCGCGCGAGCUGGAGCGUGACGCAAGCCUCGCCCUUCAACAGGCUGAGACAGCCCUCGAAUCACAACGGGAACUGAUGCAAGAUCUUGCUGUGCGCAUGAGUGAAGCGCAGCAGCGGGAGGUGGAGGAGAAGGAGCGAUUAAAGAAGGAGGCCGAGGCGACACGCGCUUCCGGAAUCCUCGCAGCAGUCGGCCUCUCCUCAUCAACGACGGGGAUGAAGUUCCAUGCUCGCAGCCUCGCCCUGGCGAUGCAGCCGCUGCCAAAGGGGAAGGCCGUCCCGCCCGCACGCCGCAAGGUUGUCACGGAUCGGGCUGCGGCAGAGGAGAGCAAACGCGAGGCUGUGGGCGACAUCAAACUGCUAGCCAUUGUUGGCUGUGUUUCCAGAUAUCGGUGAUUGCAAGAUGUAGCACACCUACCUCGCUCAUCCACAUUCCAGCCACCAUGCGCCUAUAACCUUCCUCCCUUCCUGCUGUUGCCUGUUGUCUUUAUGUCUCGUCUUCGCUCCUUUCGCUUUGGUCGAAUACAUACUGGGCCCCUUGUGUUUCAUUUCUUCGUGCUUCGCCCCUGCCUUGCUGAUUGCUUGCAUGACGUUUGCCACUCUUGCGUGCGUGUGCAUGUGUGUGUGUGUGUUGUGAUUGUGUUCUUAUGCACGUGCGUGUUAAUCGUCAUCGCCCCUACCACACCGCUUUUGGCCCACACUUGCACCUUCGACUUUCCUGUUGCAACCACCACUGCUAUGUUGCUUCAAAAUGGUGUUGUGUCUCGCUGUUUGGUUCCGGUGUCUUCCUCUGCUCCUGUCUAUUAAGCCCCUGUCGGUGGUGUUGGUGGUGCCUUGCGCUCUCAUCAUGCGUUCAUCUGGUGCCCAACAGCAACGUUUGGUGGGUGCAUUGCCCGGUGCAUGGCUGGCUGUCGUGGGAGGUGUUGAGGCUAUGGCGGUGUGUGCAUGUCCGUUGCUUAGUUGGAACGAUGAACAGUCACCACAUGUGCCGUGCUGUGGGGUUGUUCCUUUCUCGUCUUAUUCUGUGCGUGAUGAGCACACACGUGUUGUUGCUGCUGUGCCAAUUGACCCCCCUUGCCUCCUUUCAUGUUGUCUUCCUUCUGUUUACUGCUGCAAGUAGCCAAUACAACACACAAAACACGACA